UCUUAUCGAUAGACACGGACAAAUCYACGAACCUACUGACGAUUGACGAAAGAGUAGAAAAGCUGAAAGAUUUAGGAUAGACAGGAAGGUGCCAAGAAGCGACGAAAAACAUAAUAUAAUAUUUAAAAUUCGAUAUUCUCGUGUUCCCAAUAUUUGGUCAUAUUCCGUUCAAUCCACUGCUCAAUUAACAUGUUGAAAAUAACAACCUCUGUAGGAGCACAAGUCGUCUCUGCGCUUCGUUACGGACGAAGUCCCUGUUACUUCGCACUCCAAUGCCUUGGUAGAUUAGAUUCAAAGUCGCUGUUGGGCCCAAAACGACAGUCAUCGACAUUUCUGAAUAAUAUCGUCAGUGACUGGUGUUAUUCGUACCAUUCGGUCCGGUAUUACGCCAAAAACAAAGACAAGAAAAGCAAUAAAGGUCAGAAAAAAGUAUUAAUUGAUGAGAACUUUUUGGCUGAGCACUUCAAAUUCAACACUAUGAAAGCUGAAAUGGAAAAGGCUGUAGUUGCAUUAAAAAAUAACUAUAUAAAAAAUCUAUCCUUACGAUCUUCUACAGGAGCAUUGGACUCACUACCAGUUACAUUYGAAGGUGAUGAAUAUGUUAUACAAGACUUAGCACAGAUUGUGAGGAAAAAUCCUAAAACAAUAAUUUUGAACAUGAGCUCAUUUCCACAAGCAAUUCCAUCUGUUUUGGAAUCAUUAAAAGCUUCUGGUAUGAAUUUAAAUCCUCAACAAGAAAAAACUUCUAUAUUUAUACCAAUACCUAAGGUYACAAAAGAACAUAGGGAAAACUUAAGCAAAGGUGCAAAAGCACUUUUUUUCAAAACUAAAGAUUCUAUAAAAGAAUUACAAAAUAAAAAUAUCAAACUAUUAAAAGACAAUGAUGCAUUGGCGACUGAUUUGGUUCACACUUUACAAGAUCAGAUUACUGCAUUGGCUGAUAAAUAUGUACUGGAAGCUCAACGAAUUAUGGAAGAAAAACAAAAGGAACUCAAAGGUGAUUCAUAGUGUUUCUAAAUUUUCUCAAAAUGUAAUUUGAUCACAGUAGUUUAAUCUACCAAGGUUCAACUCAAAAAUGAUUAAUCUUUUAUUUAGUUAGAUUUAUAUUUACCUGUUAUUCUAUAACCUACAGUAUAAACCAGUUUUAAUGCUUGAUCAAUGUAUGAAUCAUCAAUACUGUACAUUUUUGUUCAUUAAAAAUGAUACGUAUAUA